AGGGCCGAGCGUAUAAUGCACCUUUCAGUUGUUUGCCAACCGCCAAUACAAAUGUCAGAAGAAGAAGAAGAAGAAGGGCCGAGCGUGUGCGUGCAGGAGAUGAGGCGAGCAGAGAGAAGUGCUUUUCUAUGAAACGAGUAAAUUAGUAAACUUAGAGGAAUAUAUCUGCCUCGAUCUGCACACCUUGCUGAGAUCAGCGUGAACCACGUGGGUACCUGCUCCGUUUCCUGUGUUUGGAAAGAGUUCCAGCUUCAUCACGGAGUUCUUGGGCUCAUCUAAAGACCAUAAAACCAUCACAGCUGAAUCUGAAAAGAACGUCACUCUACCAUGUCGAGCUCCAAACAACAACAACAUAACAGUAUUAGAGUGGAGCAGAGCUGACCUGGAAGAUGAAAAUGUCCUUUUGUACCACAAUUGAUCUUGAUGAGCAGCAUCCAUCUUUUAAGAACCGGGUGGAUCUGCAGGACAGACAGAUGAAGGAUGGAGACGUGUCUUUGAUUCUGAAGGAUGUGACGAUUAAUGAUGCUGCAACAUACAUGUGUCGUGUCAUUACAAAAGAAACCCACCGCAGAAAGAGAGCUAAUGUGGGUGUCAGCUUCAUUCACCUGAGAGUUGAUCCAGUGAGGAGAAACAUCACAGCUGAGUCUGGACAGAACAUCACUCUUACAUGUCGAGCUCCAAACAACAAUGACAUCAUCAUAGCUGUAAAGUGGAGCAGAGCUGACCUGAUAGAUAGAUAUGUGUUUUUGUACUGGGAUGGAUACUUUCUUAGAGCCAACCAGCAUCCAUCUUUUAAGAACCGGGUGGAUCUGCAGAACAGAUGGAUGGAGGAUGGAAACACAUCUUUGAUUCUGAAGAAUGUGACGAUUAAUGACGCUGGAACCUACGAGUGCCGUGUCCAGAGAGAGGGAGACAGUAUGAAGUUCAUCAGCAUCAUCUAUCUAAGUGUUGCUGAUCCUCCAGGUCGGACAGGAGGAACUGUUGCAUUGACGUUUUUUGGUUUGCUUCUUGUUGCUGCUGCUGUUGGGUCUGUGAUCUACAAAAAGAAAGAAAAUACAAAAAAAAAUAAAUAAAGUUGAUGAAUAAAACUAUCCUGAACAUCCAG